CACAUUAUUCUCCUUCUCAUUCCGCUCUGACUCUGUGUGUGUGUGUGUGUAGUUCUUGGUGGCUGUUCCACUUUGGAUCCAAGGUGAAAAUUAAAUUCUUCUGCAAUUUUCUCUCUGUACAUAAUUACACCUGGAAACUUUUCCAUUCAGUUUCGAUGAAAGCAAGAACCAGCGAUUCGACUUCCCUCAAACAAGAAUUCGUAAAGAAAUGGAUAAAGGGUCUCCAUAUAUACAGUAAUGUCAAGAAGGACAUGAGCAUUUUGGAGAGAAAAAGAGCCAUAAAGUUAUCAGCAGAUAUGGCCAUUGCUUCCACCAGAGAUGCCAGCACUCUUUGGAGUCGUACGCUAAUGGCCAACAUUUCGAAAAAUGAGACGAACAAAAUUCUUGUUGAACAAAUAUUUUCGGAUUCAGAAGUAAUUAAAAAGAAAGCUUCAAAUGGAUUGAUGGCAUGCAGCAAUAGAAUUGCAAGCAAGAAGAUUUUGAGAAGAAGCCAUAUCACUAAAAUUAGAGCUAGAAAAAUGGGUUUGGGACCCAAAGCAGUUAAAGCCAGCUCCAUAGCAAAGAAAUUGGUGAAGAACAGAACGCAAGUGCUUAAAAGUCUUGUACCAGGGGGAGAAAAUAUGGAUGAAAUUUCUUUGAUUAAGGAAACCCUAGAUUACAUUGUCUCUCUUCGAGUUCAAGUUGAUGUAAUGCGGCAUCUUGCAAGUGCUGCUGUACAUUCAACAAGGUCACUAUAAUUAAUUUACUAUUAUUAUUUUUUUUUGCUUUUAUGUUUCAAAACUGAAGAUCAAGAAGAAGCCAAAUCAUAUAUAUCUAUGUCACCAUGUGUACAAAUGAACAUUAUGCAAGUCACUUAUCUUUAAAUGUUGGAAUAUAGCAGUGUUAAUGAAAUCGGAUUAUCACAUACCGUA